AUGGUGAAGGAUAAGUCGAAGCCGAAGGGUGCCAUGUCACCAUAUGCCGUCUUUGUGCAGUCCAUGCGCGAUGAGCACAAAAAGAAAAAUCCAUCUGCGUCAAUUGAUUUUUCCACGUUUUCUAAGGAGUGUUCUGCUAAAUGGAAGGCUCUCUCAGCCAAGGAAAAGAAAAAGUACGAAGAUAUUGCUGCUAAGGAUAAAGAACGUUAUCAAAAAGCUAUGAAAAACUAUACGCCGCCGGCUGACGGUGCCAAAAAAAGAAAAAAGAAGAAGGAUCCUGAUGCUCCGAAGAAGCCUAUGUCAGCGUUCUUCCUCUUCUGCCAAGACGAAAGACCUAAAGUUCGUCAAUCUCAUCCGGAUUGGUCGGUUGGCCAGUGUGCCAAAGAGUUGGCUUCUCGUUGGGAACAAUGCAAAAACCGGUCGAAGUACGAGACUCAGGCUUCGCAAGAAAAGGCUAAGUACCAGAAAGCCAUGGAAAAGUAUAACGCAAAAAAGGGCGACGUUAGCCCUUAG